AUGCAUAAAGAGGAUGCAGAUAAAGAGAAAGAUGAGGACAAAAGGAUUGGCUUAGAGGCCAAGAAUGAUCAGGAGAGGAGAAAUAGAGAGCCUGAGAAACAGCAACAGAGGAAAGACAAACCAUUUCAGAGCAAAUACACCGAUAGUACAAGAAUUAAGACAAAACAAGAGGAAGAGACUGAAAAGUCAGAGAAUGAACAGAAGUGUGUGGAAGAGAAAUCUGAUAAAUCAACAGGACAGCAGGAAGUGGAGAACCAGAGAGAGGAGACAGAGAGACAGAGGGAUGAGAACGAGAAGAAGAGGGAGUCAGUGGAUAAAGAAACAACAGAGAGGGAGAGGGACAAGACAGACCUCGAAGACAAAGACAAACACUUUUUAGAGGCUUUACAAACGCUCAGAUUAGAGGCCAAGAAAGAUCAGGAGAGGAGAAAUAGAGAACCUGAGAAACAGCAACAGAAGACAGAGAAAGCACUGCUGGGCAAAGAGGCUGAAGGUACAGGCAUUAUGGAAAAGAAGAUGGAAGCAAAUGAAGAACAAAUCAGUGUUAACUUGGAGGAGAAAAAGAAACAGAAGGAUGAGACAGAGAGGAAGCUUCAGGCAGAGAAGAGCAAAGCAACACAGAGAGCCAACCUCAAAAUGAAGGAAGAAGCACCAGAGAGUGAAAACCCACAGCUCAAGAAAGAGACAGAGUCUCAGGCAAAGGAAGAACAGAGGGUAAAACCUCUGGAAAGUCAUGAUGAACUCACCGAGCAGCAGGAGAAAUCCCACAUGGAUUUCCAAAAGAGAGAAGCAGAGCAUCAGACAGAGCUACAGGACAGAGCUGGAAGAGCUGAAACACAGCAAAUACAGAGGACAGAUUUGGACAGGAGACAGCGACAGCAGACAGCGACAGACAGCAGAGAAGUUAAGUUUCAGACUGACAGAGACCAAGAGACAUUCAGAGAAAAUAGAACAGUGACUGAUCUGGACAAGAAAAAUGCAAAACCUGAGGAAGAGCUGCAGAAGAAGGAGAACAAACCAAAACAUGUGGACAAAACACUUUUGGGACCAGAGAAUCAAAGAGAUCAACUCAAACUGGAAGAGAAAGAGAGACAGAGGGAAGAGAACAAGAGGAAGGUUCAGUCAGUGAGUAGGGAAAAGCCACAGAGCAAGAGAGGCAAGACAGACCUCAAAAUCCACCAAGAAGCAACGGGGAGAGAAAAUCAAAAUCUUCAACAGGACACAGUCACGGAUAAGGAGGAAGAAAUUGAAUCCCCAAUUUAUUCCAGUGAGGAGACAAUGGACAAGUGGGGAUCCCGAAACCAAUCCAGUGAGGAGCCAAUGGACUAUCAGAACUAUCCCUGUGAGCAGCAAGCGGAUCUGGAGGAAUCCCAAAAUGAUUUCAGUGAGGAGGAAAUGGAUGUGAACUAA